UAUUUUAUCUUGCGCUCAUGUGACCGAACCAUAUUUAGUUCCUGUUUCGGGAAAUCAAAAACAUUCUCUUCGAAAGGAUGAAACCGUCAGCGUGUGUCCUCUGUCUCUUUAUCAACUACUUUUGUGCAUUUUCACAAUAUUCCCAUGAAUUUCGUUACUCAGUGGGAUGCUAUCCCAAUGGGUCCGUACAGGUUAUUUACGAUUUUGAUGGAGACUUGGCUGUGUAUAUAGAUUUUCAGAACAACGAGGUUGUAUUUACCAUACCACCUUUUAUUCCUUUUGACCCAAGCCCAUAUAUACAUAUUUAUCGAAACGCACUGAGAGCAAAACAGGCAUGUCUGGGGGCUCAGUCAUAUAUUAAGAUGCUGAAAUUGCCAGAAAUGGCAGCACCAGAAGUUAAAGACCCCCCUGAAAGCAUCUUGUAUCCAGCUGAAGAAGUCCUGUUGAAAGUGGAAAACAGUCUUGUUUGUUUUGUGGAUCGUUUCUACCCUCCAGUCCUCACUGUGACAUGGACCAAAAACAAUCAUCCCGUGUCAGAAGGGGUGUCCACCAGUGCUUAUAUCGCCAACAGUGACCAGACCUUCCACUGCUUUUCCACGCUCACUUUCAUACCAGAGGACGGAGACAUGUACAGCUGCACGGUGGAGCACCCUGACCUGGAGAAACCUAAAACACGGACAUGGGAUGUGGAUGUGAAGAAGCAUGGAGACCUGGCACUUGAUUUGUACUGUGGAGUGGGCCUGACUGUAGCCUUACUGGGAGUCGCAAUUGGGACAUUUUUAAUUGUCAAAGCACGCUAUAGGCAGUCAACAGCUUAAUGUAUUGACCAGGGUUAGGUGAUAUGGACAAAGUGAUUAUGUUCUUUGUCUGCUUUGGUUAUAUUCAUAACAACUCGUUACUCAUAACGCUUUGUUGUCUUCUGGAGUUGUAUUGUUAUAUAACUUUUAUAAUGUUUUGUGGUUAUGCAGAGUUACUCAGUUUUUAAAGUGACAGAAUAUAAAAAUGUUAUUUUAAAUGUUAUAAUAUAAUAUAAUCAUUUACAACCUGUUUCCUUACUGAAAUGCAGUUGGUUUAAACCUAAAAUGCCUCUGAUUCCUCACUACCUAAACCUCAGCACCUGCAGCCAGUCAUGAGUCAGUGCUAGUGCAGCCUCUGCAGCUCAGUGAGUCAAAUCUGGAGGUUCGGAAUUUGUAUGUGUACAAGGUAGUGGCUCCUAAAAAUUAAGAACACAGGCUACAUACAAUGAAACAGUUAUUUUAGGGAAAGGGGCAAUUGCUGUGCAGGUAUAUCUAAACCAGAAAUCUAAAGCAGAGGUUUUUAGAUGGACAGACACACACACACCAGCAGGUGACAGAUUUUUCUUCUUUGACAAGGCACAACAUUCUUCAAGAGUCAUACAUGAGUAAAAAUGACAUCACAAUUAAAGACAACAGCUGUGACCUAAGCUCUUGUGGUGGAUUUCAGAGAGGUAAUGGCCUUAGGAAUGAAAGAUUUUCCGUAUAUGUUUUUAUGGGCCAGAGGGACUUUGUAGCACUUGCCUGAUGGUAAAGGUGUGAAGGAGUUAUGGAGCAGUUGAGAAGAGUCCUUAGUAAUGUGACUGGACUUUGUUUUUGAGUAAACAAUGUUUGUCUGUUGUUCUGUUUUGUCUUUUAGUUGCCGUGCUAUUGUUGUUAUGAAUAGUUAUUACUCUCAGGUGCACCUUGACCUGCGAAUAGGUCAGUGCGUAGCUCGCUGUCAGAUACAAGAUUACUUCCUGAUAGAUCGGAUGAGUUUCUCUAUUCAACAGAAUUUGGACUUUAUUGUUUGACCUUUUUUAUUUUUACAACCAUCCUAUGAACAACAUUGGAGCACAUUUAUUUGUGUGUUUAGCUUUAAUUUCCAAAACAAUUAAGGAUAUAUUCUUCUGUCAAUGAAUGAAGAGUAGUCUAUGUAAUGGUUUUAUUUUGAGCGUACUUUUGAUUUGAUUGAGAGUGGAGAACAGAAAGAGUAGACUUUGCUCUUGUAGUGACUAACAGGGAUCUUUAAAAUAAACAAUACAACUAGUAUUUUAGAUUUGUAUGAUCAGGUCUUUAAUGUUUGUUAUUUUCCCAUUUGAUGAGCAAAGUGAGCAAGGGUCAGAUUGGAAUGAUUGUCUUUUGAUAUGGCUAAACUAAAAUGUUAUGUUAUUGUAAUGGUAUUCACACCUCCAGAAAACUGGAAAUGUGUAAUAAUUAUGUUUGAUUUUUGCAGAGGCACACUAUAUUGUCUAUUUUGGGAAGGGUCAAUCCAGUGCAGAGGAUGGCCAUGACGUUCUGUAUACUAACCAGGUCUACUACAAUAAGGAGCUCUUGGUGUCAUACAACAGCACAGAGGGGAGAUUCAUCGGCUACACAAACGAGGCAAUAAAAAUCGCAGAUGGCCUCAACAGAAACAAAUAUAUUGCUGAUGAUCAGAAAAACAACUUUGAAAUCUGUAAACAAGUUGCCUCAGAUUAUAUUAAAUUGGUUGGUGCAGGA